CCUCCCCCUGUUCAGCCUGCCGGGGUCGGUGGGCGGAUAAAAAGCCCCGGGGCACCUUGGCCGGAAUGGCAGCCACCUCUCGCUUUGAUUUGAACUUUCGAUCUUUGUCGCAGACCGCCCCCCCCCCUCCAAACCACCAUGUCCGCCUCCGCCCCCGCCAAGUGGGAUGCCCGCUUCAGCCACCCCAUCCCCCACACCGGCACCUACUACGCCAAGUGCAUGCUUGGUGGUGUUUUCGCCUGCGGUGGUACCCACUGGCUUGUCACCCCCCUCGAUGUGACUAAGUGCAACAUGCAGGUCAACCCCUCCAAGUACCGCGGCCUGAUCAGCGGUCUGCGCACCAUCGCCGCUGAGGAGGGUGCUCGCGGUCUCUUCAAGGGCCACAUCCCCACCCUGGUUGGCUACUCCGCCCAGGGUGCCCUGAAGUUCGGUCUCUACGAGGCCUUCAAGGACAUCUACGCCAACGUCCUCGGCGAGGAGAACUCCGUCAAGUACAAGUCUCUUGUCUGGGCCUCCGCCUCCGCUUCCGCCGAGCUGUUCGCCGACAUUGCCCUCUGCCCCAUGGAGAUGGUCAAGGUCAAGGUCCAGACCUCUCCCCCGGGUACCUUCCCCACCGGCACCAUGGCCGCUCUGGCUGCCAUGCGCGCCAACGCCGCCGAGACCCGCUUCCCCUUCGGCUCUCUGGUUCCCCUCUGGUCUCGCCAGAUCCCGUACACCGUGGCCAAGUUCGUCUGCUUCGAGGCCGCCGUCCAGUUCUUCUACAAGAACGUCUUCACCAAGCCCAAGGACUCCUACUCCAAGUCCACCCAGCUCGGCAUCACCUUCGCCUCCGGUUACACCGCCGGUGUCAUCUGCGCCGUUGUCUCCCACCCGGCCGAUUCCAUCGUCUCCCUCAUGUCCAAGGCCAGCAACAAGGGCAAGUCCGUCGGCACCAUCGCCUCUGAGUUCGGUCUCUUCAACCUCUUCACCAAGGGUCUCGGCACUCGUGUCCUGAUGAUCGGUACCCUGACCGGUCUCCAGUGGUGGGUGUACGACUCCUUCAAGACCGCCAUGGGCAUGGGUACCUCCGGUGGCAAGUAAUUGCACACUCCUGGUGUUCCUCCCCUGCCCCCUGCCCCCCUCCCCCCUUUCUCCGGUCUUGUGGGGCAGGGAGCGGGCAGGUGCCCGAAAGGAUCGGGAACGUGCGUAUGCACGUGUAUAUGUGUGUGUGUGUGUGCGCGCGCAGCGCACGGCCCGAGGCGCGCGUGCACACGCCCGCCGCCAGCCUUCGGGUCACAUACAUACACACAUGUGCAUACGCACACUCGCCGGCUCGCUUCUCUCUACCCGCGCGCGCGUAUCUCCCUUGCCUUCCUCUCUUUCCCCCUCCGUUAUGGAGACCGCCGCGAGCGAAGGGGCGGGAGGGAGACCCGCACGGCGCGGGGCGAGCUGUGUGGAUCGGCGGGGAGGAGGUGUGCCCAUUCCCCGGGUCGUGUCCCCUCCUUCUCUCUUCCUCUCUUUCACACUUCAUCCAACAAAUACAUGGCGCUCUUGUCGGACA